CGUUUGCUUACUGCGCAUGUGCGAAUUUAAUCCCACGCAGCACAUCACUGUAUAUUCAAUAUACUGUGACAGCACUGUCUUUGCGGCUUGUGUCACACACGUGGUUAUUCAUCGAUGCCGAGUAGAGCUGGACCAGCUGGACUUGUAGACGAUUAUUAAGUGCGAUUACACUUGCAAUCGUGAAGAUCAGAACGAACGAGAGAAUGGACGAAAAAGCGAAGUUAGUGCAGGCGUUUCUUCUGAAGAAAGGCUUAAUGAAGCAGCACAUAGAAUCUUAUAACUAUUUCAUCAAUAAGGAGCUUCAAAACAUCGUCAAGGCAAAUGAAAAGAUUCAGAGCGACGAGGAUUCACGCUUCUACCUGAAAUAUUUGAACAUAGAAGUGAAAAUGCCUGAAAUUCAGGACACUUCUACUACAACGCGAUCAACCACGCCACACGAGUGCCGUUUGAGAGACUUAAAUUAUUCCGCCCCAAUUUGCGUGGACAUCGAGUAUCUGAGAAACAACGAACGGGUAAUAAGGAAAAAUCUAGUCAUUGGAAAAAUGCCGAUAAUGUUGCGCAGCUCUAAAUGCGUGUUAGCUAACAAGUCCGAGUCCGAGUUGGCCAAGAUGAACGAGUGUGCCCUCGAUCCUGGCGGCUAUUUCAUUAUAAACGGUCAGGAGAAGGUGAUAUUGAUACAGGAGCAAAUGGUUAGGAACAGAAUUAUCUUGGAAGAGGACAGCAAGAACUGCAUCGUCGCGUCGUGCAACAGUUUCACCCACGACAAGAAGACCAAGACGAACGUUGCGAGCAAGGCUGGGAGGUAUUACUUGAGGCACAACAUGUUCCAAGACGACAUACCGAUCGCCGUCGUUUUCAAAGCGAUGGGCAUAAUAAGCGACUUGGAGAUCAUGCAAAUGGUCGGCACGCAAGAAGUCUACCUGCACAAAUUUGCGGCUAGUCUCGAGGAUUGUCAGGAGCUGGGCGUCUUUUCGCAGAACCAGGCGUUGAAGUAUCUCAAUAGGAAACGGCGACAGACAAGAUUUUACGUUCCGAAAUCCCGCGUUACCGACGAGAUGAAAGAUGUACUGGCGACGCACAUAUUGUCUCACGUGCCCAUCGUCGUCGACUUCAACUUCCGGCCGAAGGCGCUGUAUCUCGCCCUGAUGAUCAGAAGAGUUAUAAACGCUCAGUCGGAUCGCAGCCUGAUCGACGACAAGGAUUAUUACGGCAACAAACGUCUGGAACUGGCUGGAUCCCUUCUCGCUCUCAUGUUUGAGGACCUGUUCAAAAGGUUCAAUUGGGAGCUCAAGCAGAUUGCCAAUAAGAACAUUCCCAAGAUAAAAGCGGCGCCGUUCGACAUUGCCAAACACAUGAGACACGAUCUGAUUACCAACGGGCUGGCUUUCGCUAUCUCGUCGGGUAAUUGGACCAUCAAGAGGUUUCGAAUGGAGAGGCAUGGCGUGACGCAAGUGCUAUCCAGGCUCUCGUACAUCUCGGCGCUUGGCAUGAUGACGCGAGUCCACUCCCAGUUCGAGAAAACCAGAAAAGUGUCCGGCCCACGAUCGUUGCAGGGCUCUCAAUGGGGCAUGUUGUGUCCGAACGACACUCCCGAGGGAGAAUCUUGCGGUUUAGUGAAGAAUCUAGCAUUGAUGGCUCACAUCACCACGGAAGUGCCGGAGGAGCCGCUAAUAAAGCUGGCGCUUAAUCUCGGCGUGGAGAACAUUUACACUCUUGCCGGGGAGGAGUUGACUAACGAAGGCGUAUAUUCGGUUUUUGUCAACGGUAUCUUGGUGGGCAUCGUGCAGAAGCAUCAGAGACUGGUGCGUCAAUUCAGAGCAUUACGCAGGCAUGGAUACAUUAGCAGCUUAGUGUCGAUAUACACGCAGCAUCGGCACAAGUGCAUUCAAAUCAGUUCCGACGGCGGGCGAUUGUGCAGGCCGUGCAUCAUAGUUAAGAACGGAAAGUCUCUUGUCAAACAGAAACACAUAGAGGAUCUUGAGCGAAAUAUCACGACGUUUGAAGACUUCAUUCAUGCUGGUCUGAUCGAAUAUCUAGACGUGAACGAAGAAAAUGACAGCUUAAUCGCAUGCACGGAGGCCGAGAUCACUGACGACACGACGCAUCUGGAGAUCGCGGAGUUCGCGCUGUUGGGGGUGUGCGCGGGAUUGAUACCGUACCCGCACCACAAUCAGAGCCCGAGAAACACUUAUCAAUGCGCCAUGGGUAAACAGGCCAUGGGGGUCAUAGGGUACAAUCAGCGUAACCGCAUUGACACAGUCAUGUACAAUCUAGUAUAUCCACAGAGGCCCAUAGUGAAAACUCGCCCGAUCGAGCUGAUCAAUUACAAUAAAUUGCCGGCCGGCGAAAAUGCGAUUGUCGCCGUGAUGUCGUACAGCGGAUACGACAUCGAGGACGCGUUGGUUUUCAACAAGGCCUCCAUUGACCGGGGAUACGGAAGAUGUCUGGUGUAUCGAAACUCGAAGUGCAUAUUAAAGAAGUAUCCCAAUCAGACGUACGACAGGAUCAUGGGGCCGUCGAUAGACGCCAACACUAAGAAACCUGUACCGAAGCAUGAGAUUCUCGACAGCGAUGGGAUUGUGGCGCCUGGUGAAAUGGUGGAAAAUAAGACUAUAAUGGUGAACAAGUCAGUACCGGCGCCGAGUGAGAAUAUGGGGCCAGUGAGCUCCGGCAAUGUGCAAGCGCAUCCGGAAUAUCGAAACGCGGAGAUUCAAUUCAAAGGCCUGGUCCCGGCGUACGUAGAGAAAGUUAUGAUAUCCAGUAACGCGGACGAUGCCUUUUUAGUGAAGCUAUUGCUGAGGCAAACUCGGCGACCGGAGAUCGGCGAUAAAUUCAGCAGUCGCCACGGGCAGAAGGGCGUUAUAGGUUUAAUCGCUGAGCAAGAGGAUAUGCCAUUUAAUGAUCAAGGCAUGUGUCCCGACAUAAUCAUGAACCCGCAUGGCUUUCCAUCUCGAAUGACAGUUGGCAAGCUGUUAGAGAUACUCGCAGGCAAGGCUGGGGUCGUAAAUGGAAAAUUUCAUGAUGCAACAGCAUUUAGUGACAAUAAAGUGAGUGAUAUUUGCGAAGAAUUGGCGAAGAACGGCUAUAAUUACUUGGGCGAAGAUUUCUUUUACAACGGCAUGACUGGGGUACCGCUAAUGGGAUACAUCUACUCUGGACCAGUUUAUUAUCAGAAAUUGAAACAUAUGGUGCAAGACAAGAUGCACGCCCGUGCCAGAGGCCCAAGAGUAGUUCUAACACGUCAGCCAACUGAAGGACGUUCAAGGGAUGGUGGUUUGCGACUGGGUGAAAUGGAACGUGACUGUCUGAUCAGUUACGGAGCUAGUAUGUUAUUAGUGGAGAGACUCAUGAUAUCGAGCGAUGCUUUUAAAGUCGACAUUUGUAACAACUGCGGCCUGAUAGGGUACAACGGCUGGUGCCACAGAUGCAAAUCCAGCUCUUCCGUCUCUACGAUAACGAUACCUUAUGCUUGUAAAUUAUUGUUCCAAGAGAUGCAGUCCAUGAAUGUAGUACCUCGUUUGUCUCUAAAGGACUAUUGUGAUUGACCGUACAUUAUAAUAGAAAUAAAAAUACGAGAGAGAAAUAAUAUAAGACUUGCAAUAAUUUUGAAAGGAUUUCAAGUGUGUUAACAAUAUUAACUUAAUUUAUUUCAUGGACACGAGGUCGUCAAAAUUUACCUAAAUACAGAAUAAAAACAGCAUCUGUCAUGUAAACCUAUUACAGAUUGUGUGUACAUAUAAUAUAAAUAAUUAUUAUAGUAUGCAUUUUGGAAGACG